UAUUUCUGAUGAUCAAGUAAUUUUAAAUAAGAAUGAUUUUGCAAAAUUAAUUAAUAGAACAAAUCAAUUAGAAUUACAAAUUCAAACAAGUCAAGAUUUAAAUAUCUCAAAUAAUAAUAAUUUAACUUUUGAAAAUAAGCUUGAUUUACUUACAAAAGUUCUUUUUAAAGAGCAAAGAAAAUUAAAUCAUCCAAUAGAAUUAGAUCCU